CGAACUGGUAGUCAAAGGGGGAGAGGGCGAGGCCCAGGGCGGGGCCGUGGACGUGGUGGUAGCUUUCGUGGAAGGGGAAUGGGGAUGCUUCAUCAAGGCUCUCUCAGGGUUAACAGUCGGCCAUCUCCAUACAAGAUUGCCAAGGCAAGCCCAAAACUGUUGCUUUUUUAUGCAUACCUUCAAGAAUCUGAAUCAUUAGAAACCAAGACACGAAGGGCUGGAUAUCAGAACUUUUUACAUGGAGAGGCUCAUACACAGCAUUCAGAUUAUAUUACUUUUUGGUGCUUAAUUCAUUAAUGAAGGAUUUAAAGGGGAGAAUUUCAAGGGAUCUGUUGCUAAAUUUGGAACUUCAUAUCUUCGACAGUCAAGCCCUCAAUUUGUAUGCUAGUUCAUGGGGUCGUUUUUUGUGGAAGUGCUUAAGGGCUCGUACUUUGGAACUGGAGCUCUCACCAGUAACUUAUGGUCAGCAUAUGAUAUUGGUGGAAUUCUCUACUUCCGGUUAUGUGCUAUUUUGGUGGAAUUCUCAUCUCCUUCAGCAGAACAAAGGAUAUGAUAUGGAGACAUGAUCUAUUUGAUGAUAGCAUGGUAGCUGCAGGCAUUUCAGGAAUUGAAACUGGUACAAAACUUUACAUCUCGAAUUUAGAUUAUGGGGUCUCCAAUGAAGAUAUAAGGGAGUUGUUCUCUGAAGUUGGUGACCUCAAGCGAUUUGCAGUUCAUUACGAUAGGACUGGUCGCCCAAGUGGUUCAGCAGAAGUGGUGUAUACAAGAAGAAGUGAUGCCAUGGCUGCUUUAAAGCGAUAUAACAAUGUGCAGCUGGAUGGGAAACCCAUGAAAAUAGAAGUUAUAGGCACUAAUCUAGGCUUGCCUAUCACUCCUCGUGUGAAUGUUCUUGGCGGUCCAAAUGGUAGAGGAAAAAGGACAGUUGUUAUGACUCCACAAUUUGUUCGAGGUGGUUCAAGUUCUUUUAAUCGUGCCUCUGGGACAAAUCGUGGAGGCUUUCAGCGAGGUCGUGGUCGUGGUCGUGGCCGUGGCAGUAGUGUUAGAGGCAUUGGUCGUGGCAGUGUUAGAGGCAUUGGUCGUGGCCGUGGCAGUGGGAGAAUGCAAAACGUUGAGAAGUCAGCAGAUGACCUGGAUAAGGAGUUGGAUACCUAUCAUGCCGAAGCAAUGAACACAUCUUAAUGCAAUCUGGUGCUUGUGCAGAGUGCUUGGAUUCCUGCUAAAGGGUGUGAUAAAAUCGUGAAAGUAUCACACUAUGGUAUUUGGGUUCCAGUCUUUUGGACUGGGCUUAUAAAGAACAGACUCCUACUACAUAUGCGCCGGAACCAGUAGUUCAGAUUAUUUUCUCUCUCUUGUUGUUGGCAUUUCAGAGUGCCCUAGUUGAUUGUAGCGAAACUAGUGUGGCUUGCUCCAUGGAUUUCUGAUCCAGUUAAGACUAGUUGACCUGUUUGCCUGUUUGUUGUUACCUCCUAGUAUUUCACUGUAUGUGGCUUUCCUUGGAUGCUUUAUUAAAGCCUCUUUCAUGUGGGAUUGAUCGUGGUGAA